CAGCAAGUGUUUUUAGACAUUAACGAAAUAAAGCACCUACAUCUUCACGGCAAAGAAUCCUCCAUCGCGGAAAAGUAUACCAGUGCAGCUGCUGUCUGCACCAUGUCUACUGCACCGCAAGAACGACAACCCGCGCCGACUCAAAGCGACCGCUCUUCGCCAUCCAGCAGUAGUUCGUCGAGUGAUGAGUCCUCGUUUCGCGAUGACCCCGAAAUCGCCGCGGUGCUGGAGCGGCAGCGGCUUCGGUACGCCAAGGAAUACGCCCACCGGGGCACGGAGUUCACACAAAUCACGCCUGAAUUCGAAUUGCGCCAGCAACUUCUAGGGCAAGAAAUACCACAGGGUGCUGGAGGAGCUACAGGCACUGCACUUCCGGCCGGAGGUGGGGAGGCGGGGGCAGCUGUGCCGCUUUCUGCUGCGAGUGCCGGCGCUGCUCCGACCAGGGGUUACACCAUGUCGUCGGGAAGUGCAGCUAUGGCACAAGGAGGGUCUUACCUUCAAACAGGCCUAGGAUCUGGGGGCGGCGGUGCUUCAGGUACUUAUGUCAUCCAUGUGUAUGUUCAUCAAGUACAGUAGAGCAAAAAAAGGUGGAGCGAUUUCAGUGCAGUCUCCAUGACACGAAAAAAGUGGCAAGAAUUGCCUGUCUCGACCAAAUAAAUGUUGCGGCUGCCGCUAAAAAUUGUGUAGUUUAAACCCAUGCCCAUGAAGGUCGUACCGCAGGAGCAGCGUAUACCGCCUACGACACAUCAGCCCUUCCUCGAACAAACCCGGCCCCUGUGUACGUGACAGAAGGCCCCGUACAACUUCCGACCCAAACGGCAUCCGGAUGUUCCUCUGGUUUCGUUCCCGCAACGUCCAGCCGCGACGAUUGGCCGCAACGGGACCGCGAUACGACGAUGGCUACGUUGCGCCGACAGCUGCAGGACGAGCGGGAGCAGUAUUUGCGCGGACUGAAGCAGUGGGAAGAGGAACGCACGACGUUUUUGGAGGAGAUCCGGACCAAGGACCGGAUUAUCCACCAGCUCGAGCAGGAAUUGAUCGAGCGACCCUCGCAUCGGGACAUCGCGACCAUGCGUACUAGUCAUGUUUUGCUGUAGUCAACAUGUUGUACAUGUACUAGCUGACUUAUCACAAGCUAAAGCUUUCGGUCUUCUCUUCUUGUAUGUUCAUAUUCUGUUCUGCAGAAUCUAGCUCUACUCUACUGCAUCUACCUCGCAUCUCCCCCUAGGUGCCGAGCUGCAGCGAGCGCGCGACCCCUCCGGGCAGGUGAAACAGACGUGGAAGAAGGCGGACCCGCGAACCAUGAUGGACGCCGACCGCAAGCUGCAUUCGCUGAACCGGCGGCGCAAAAUGAAGAAUCUGCCGGAGCUGGAGCACCUGGACCCGAUCGAACUGCGGCGGUUCUGUACCGCGGUGCUGAUGCAGCUGAAGCUGGCCGACCUGCAGGAGGGCGAGAAGGCGAUCGAGAUGAUGUGCAAGAUGGUGGAGCGAAGUCUUCUAUGCAUUGCAAAAGUAUCGUAGUCCUCGUACUAGUAGUAAUUGCAUUACAAGUUGGCCCAGCAUGGCAAAUGGAAUUUGUCAUGCUGUUUUGCCUUGGGAUGGAGAUUUGUAAUGCAUGACUGGGAUUACUACGAGUGCGAUACUUUUGCACAGGAUAUCUUCCCAACCUCCGGGCGUUUGCCGAGGAAAUCUACCGCAUCUA